CCAAGUCUGGGAGGGUUUCCUGGACAGAAGUCCCUGUGGCCGCUGCCUUAAGACGUGCGGGCUUGGCCGCGGCCGCCACUGCUCUCCGACCCAGGCCAGUGCAGCAGCAUGGAGCUGUGGGGGGCCUACCUGCUCCUCUGCCUCUUCUCCCUCCUGACCCAGGUCACCACCGAGCCGCCAACCCCCAAGGUCAAGAAGGCUGCAAACGUCAGGAAAGAUGUCGUGAGCCCAAAGAUGUUUGAGGAGCUUAAGAGCCAGCUGGACAACCUGGCCCAGGAGGUGGCCCUGCUGAAGGAACAACAGGCCCUGCAGACAGUCUGCCUGAAGGGCACCAAGGUGCACAUGAAGUGCUUCUUGGCCUUCACCCAGGCGAAGACCUUCCACGAGGCGAGCGAGGACUGCAUCUCACGCGGGGGCACGCUGGGCACCCCGCAGACGGGCUCGGAGAACGACGCCCUCUACGAGUACCUGCGCCAGAGCGUGGGCGCCGAGGCCGAGAUCUGGCUGGGCCUCAACGACAUGGCGGCCGAGGGCACCUGGGUGGACAUGACCGGCGGCCACAUCGCCUACAAGAACUGGGAGACGGAGAUCACGGCGCAGCCCGACGGCGGUAAGGUCGAGAACUGCGCCGCCCUGUCCGGCGCGGCCAACGGCAAGUGGUUCGACAAGCGCUGCCGGGACAAGCUGCCCUACAUCUGCCAGUUCGCCAUCGUGUAGCCAACGGCGGGCGGGGGCGGGGGCGGGGGCG